AAAACGAUCGAUAAGAAGAAACUCAACACCCUUAGUAUUUUAAUCAAAGUGCCAUGUGACUUACAUUAAAUAUUUUCAGUUGAUUUAAAUGCCUAGAAAAAUUUGUUUUAAUGCUGUUAGUGCAACCAGUGAAGAUCCAAAAUACCGUUUAAUCGAACUAAACAGCCACGGCCCUACAGUAAAAGGAUGGCAAAGCGGAAAAAAUUGCGAAUAUCCGCAAGAAAUUAUCCUGCAGCUAGAAAGAAAAUGUGUACUGGAAAAAAUUCAAAUUUUAGCCCAUCAGUUUAUGAUACCUUCCAAAAUGGAAUUUUACUCAAGUAACCAUCUGUCAACCGACCCAAAAACCAUAAAAUGGGAAUAUAUAGGAUACGUAACGCUUAGCAACAAUGAAAGUACCGAGUUUAAAAGUAGGGAGCUAAAAUAUGCCAAUGUCCCUAAAACUGAAGCAAGCAUGAUCAAGCUAAACCUCUGCGAAAACCACAAAAACAAUUUAAAUGCAUAUAACCAGGUCAGCAUAAUAGCAAUAAACAUCAUUGGGUCAAAUCUGCAAGCAGAACCAGAUCCACCCAGCGUAACAGACGGUCAACUAUCAAAACUAAACGACAUAAUCAACAACCCUGAAUACAUCUCUCCUUAUGACGAUUUAGCUUUUGAGAUGUAUGUUGCUCCAGAUAUCCAAAAAAUUAUCAGGGAUAUGGAGAUUAAAAAAUAUUUGGCUGUCAUAAGCGAACGAUUCGAGUACGCAAGAAAAUUGAAACAUGCUAUGUUGAGACUGAAGACGGCAGGAGAAAAACUGGGCAAAUACGAAUUGGAAAAGAAACAUGCCAUAGAGAAGGAAGAUUACGAGAAGGCCAGCAGCAAAAAGGCACAAUUGGAACAAUUUAGGGCUGAGGUUUUUGAGGAGUUAGGAAUUGAGGACCUGUUAGAAGUUAAUGGGAUUUGUCCAAAAAACGAUGAAUCCGUCGACACAUCCUCAGCAGCAGAAAACAAAAACUUACUCUCUCCGACCAUGGUGAGGUUUGACAGAAGAUCCAGUUCACCGAAUCAACAUCAACUAAACUCAGCGUCCCCAUUACGGCACCCGAGCCCUAAAACCGGAUCCCCUUGCACAGGAAGCCCUAUCAUGAGUAGAGGGUCGCUUAGAAGAAGAAACAAAUCGGCUGGAGCCAUCGCCAAGUCCACGUAUGAGAUGUAUGAGGAAAAGCCUUUACCAGCUUUAAGACAUUUUAGCUCUCAAACCAACGAGUUUCUACGCGAAUGCCAAGUAGAUCCGGAACAUAAAACAUCGUCAAAGCUAACUGAAAGAGAAAAGAAACAAGCCAGCCUACCAAUACUUGUUUUUGGCUGUGAUAUUGUGGAGAAGUUCUAUUCUAAACAUUAUUUGGAUAAAGAAGAAGGGCUUAACAAAUUAAAAGAGGAACUUAUAUCAUACGAUAAUACUAAAAUGCAUACUGCUAAUAAAACUGCCAGGGCGGCAGUAUUCUUGCUACAUCGAGCCUUAAGGGAUAAAGUUUUCACUGUAUAUAAUUUAGCUAAUGAGGUUAUCAGGUUGUUUUUCGUUCAAUUUGUACCUGGAAGAGUUCUUCCAGCAGAGGUGUCUAGAAGUGUGGACAAGCUUUUACCAGAAUUACUCACCAAAUCUGGAGAUACCAGUGCCCGAAUUCACCAUAUGGCAGUCCACACUAUACUCACUAUGGCCGAUGUCAAAGCCGUCAGAGAUCUUCAUAUAAUACCAGUGCAUUUGAGUAGGCAAGUUAGUAGCAGUACUCAUCCUAGAUUAGCGCUCAGUAGGGCUGAAAUGGUUGAACAACUUAUUCUGAACCACGGAAUAUCAACUGAUAAGCAAAGUGGUCUAACGUGCAGGACCCUCUCUGAAUUCGGGGCAAGUGGCCUACAUCAUCCAGCAGAAGCAGUUCGAAAAGUCUCAGAAAGAAUUUUGGUUCUUGUGUACAAAGUAAAUCCGCGUAUGGUAAGAAAACAGCUGCCUCCAGACGAUGACAUCACAAGAAGAAACUUACUCUAUCGACAGUUAUUUCAUGAAUUUGAUACUAUAGAUAUGCAGCGUAAACGGGAGCUUUUGGAGAGAAACCGCGUUAUUCAACAAUACCCGGCGGUGAACGGUGAAUGCUUUAGUCCCGAGCCUAAGGAACCAAAAAACGAGAUCAGCAAGUGUAUCAGCACGGGGAAUAUUGAACAUAUUGCCAAUAAUUUUUCGAACAAUGACAACGGUAAGCAGAACUUCUCGAUUUCGAAGAGUCAAAGUGGUAGUAACAUUGGACCGACCAAUGGGGAUAAGAGGCACGAUACUGGUUCCAGAUCAGCUAGUGGUGUUUCUAGUCCGAGCAAUAAUUCACAAAAAACAGAUUCUGAACGGCAUUGUAUAUUUUGCAAUCAAUCGGAAAAGGUGAUUCUUUUGAUGUGUAACUCGAUGAACUCGCACUAUUGGCGCUACUGUCCCAUGCUAGUCAGGUGUAAGCAUUGUAGUCAAGUGGUAGAGGUGGCAACAUUAACAGAGCAUUUACUGAUGGAAUGUGAGAAGAACGAUUUGUUUAUGCAGUGCUCUCAAUGUACUGAAGCCGUUAGGAAGGAGGAUAACCAGAGUCAUUUGCUAGAAUGCAAUGAUGUCCCCGAAGGAUAUACAAGAUGUCCCCUAUGCCACAAAAACCUGGAGAGCACCGAGCUAUGCUGGAAAAAUCACUUUAUGGGGACAAGCAAUCUGUGUCAAAAAAAUACUAGGGUAAAAAAUGUAAAGCAAGUAAAAAUACAGGUCUAAACAAUUUUAUAAAGCGUUAUCAGCAUUUACCAACAAUCACAUUUUAUCAAUUAAAUGUUGUUCUUUUAAAUUUCUGUGCUGAAUAUUUGUAGUUGCGGACGAAAAUAUGAAGAGUAAUCACAUAAGAACUUGUUUUAUCUCAUCUAACGUAUUAAAUUUCGAAAUUUUAUGAUAUUAUCAAAAUGCACUUAAGCACUCACUUUUUUUGUGAACAAAAUUGGUGCUGUAGAAUACACUUUAAUGAAAAAUCAGUUUGCUUAUUACUGAAUCAAUAAGUAUUUCCGUCCUCUAUUGGAAGCAUUUUUGGAAAUGUCAGUACGUUGUUUAUAAUGUCUUAAAAAUAGUGGAUAGUUUUUUAGACGUGAAACGGAUUUAAAAAGCUUUUAGUGUAAGUAGUAUUUCAUAACUGUUCAUUAAAUUAUGUUUAUUUACUGUGUUUUAUGAAAUAAUAGUCAAAACAUGGCUGUGAAUAAUGAAAAGGAGGGGAUAGUGCAAUGGAUAUUUCCUGUGCGAGUUACGUACUAAUUUUAUUAAUAAGUUUCACUUAUGUCAUAUUAAAAAUAUCGAGACAUAUUUUAAAUGUCGUAAGGUGUCAACAAUAAGUAACUCUUUACAUUUUCAGCAAUUUGUUUAUUGUAUUUUCUCACGUGUUGUACAUUUUAAUAAAAUUCUGUUUUUGACUUAACUAAAAUAAAAAUAAUACCAAACUUAA